UCCCAUAAAGAGUUCCGAGAUGUGCUUCUUACGUCAUCUUUCAGCGACGACUACCAAGACUGUCGGACAUAAUCGAGCAUGGGACACCUUGGAGGUUUAUUACUCUUGAUAUCUUGCAUUAGCCAGCAUCGCAUUUUAGGUCACAUUCUCCCUGCUUGCCACAACCAACUCGAGUUCAGUUGCAAAGAUGGCUCGUGCAUUCCAAGCGAGAAGCAUUGUGACCGAUACAACGACUGUGACGACGGAUCAGAUGAACAGCAUUGUGGUCAGCUAGGAUGCAAGAAGGACGAGUUCUCCUGCCUCAGCAGCAGACGAUGCCUACCCUCACGCUUGUCGUGUAACGGCGUGGAUGACUGCGGCGAUGGCAGCGACGAGCACUCUUGUCCGAGCUGCGCCGCCGGCCUCUUCUCCUGCGGGCCAUCCGACCGCUGCCUGCACAAACGCCGGUUGUGUGACGGACACAUGGACUGCAAAGAUGGGCGGGAUGAGAUCCAGGAGUUAUGUGGUUUGAGGCCAGCCAGCCGACUGAGCGCUCCCUCUUGUGAGGUGUCCGAAUUUGAUUGUGGUGACGGCCAGUGCGUCCCUCACGCUUGGAGGUGUGACAACAAAGCAGACUGUUCAGAUGCCAGUGACGAGGACAACUGUGAGCAGAACGAGUGUCUGGUCAAUAAUGGAGGCUGUUCCCAUCAUUGCAUGGACACGGCGAUGGGCUUCCACUGUGAAUGUCCUGACCACAUGAGACUUGUCGGGAAUAGUCACUGUGAAGAGGAGGAUAUGUGCCUGGAGAGCGACCUUUGUGAUCAAAUGUGCGUUCACACUAAUGGCACCCUCUCCUGUGGCUGCCUCGACGGAUAUCAUUUGAGCCCAACGAGCGGAGACUGCAAGGCAAAAGGGGUUGAUGCCCAGCUGCUUGUGUCCACAUCUGACGGAGUUAUUGACGUGGACUUUGGUGGUGCAACCUCUAGGACUUUGGCAGUACAUGUACCCGGACCGGGGCCUCUGGCAGCCUUGGAAGUUAAAAACAUCCUGUACAUGGCUCAGCAAGGACAGGGGUCCAUUUACAGAUCCUGGGUGGCCAUACAGCAAAGCAAAUAUACGAGGGGUCACCUAAAUCGAGAAGCCCAGGAUGCUACAUUGGCACUGAAUGUUCCCAGUCCGAUCUCAGGCCUGACCCUGGAUUGGAUCCAUCGUCUUCUGUUCUGGACCUCUUUGGAGAGUGAUUCCAUCCAUGUCAGUUGGCUUGAUGGCUCCCAGCAGCGCCAACUCCUCAAAGGACUGGACAAGCCUUGUGCGCUUACGGUGGACCCUCUGCAUGGACUGCUCUUCUGGGCCCAAUGUGGCAGCCCACCCAAAAUUGUCAGGGUGAAUUUAGAUGGUCAGGACACAAUGACUUUGGUCACCUCUCUCCUAUACCACCCGGUUGCUCUUACUCUGGAUGUGCCUCGUCAGUUGGUGUACUGGCUUGAUAGCGGCAUGAGAAGCAUCUCCCGAGUAAAACUAGACGGGAGUCACCGCAAAACAGUGGUUGAGUCAAAUGGCUAUCUGGAUCAGCCUUUUGGUCUCGCGGUGUUUGAGGGUUUUGUGUACUGGAGUGACCAAGACACGCGCUCCAUCUGCAGAGCCAACAAGCACAGCGGCAGCGACUUCCAACGACUUCUGACAAACGUCACCUCCCCAGGCGGCAUCGCCAUCAUUCAGCCUGCUCUUCAACCUCACAGCCACGCUGCAUGCGGCAGCCCCAGGAGGGUGUGCGCGCACAGAUGCGUAGUUGAUCUCCUUUCGGAGACUCCCAGAUUCCACUGUGUUGGAAUCGGCCACAAUGGAUCGCAGGGCAUUCCUGCUAUCACCCGCGCCAUUCCUGCGUCGCGUUUGUCUGAUCCUCAAUUCGCAGGAAUCCUCUCGCUAAUUGUGUUCCUCAGUGUGCUGCUGGUGGGAACGGUUCUGUGGUGGUGGAGAGAGCCCGACAGGAAUCUGACAAUGCAAAGUUUCUCUCUUGAAGAGUCCCAGGACCCGCUCAUCCAGGAUCCACGUGCAUGUCUCAGCAAGGAAACUCCUAAGCUGAACUUGGACAGUGAAUGAAGACGCUGGCUGUGACGCAGACGGCCGGACACCUACGCCCCACUUUGUUACAAACCCCCGGUGAGCUGCUGGGACUAGCAACCAAUCACUCGAAUGCGGCCCAGUUCUUGUUGCGGGUUCCAAAAAGACCUGACUUUAAGUUUCGAUCUGAGUUUUGAUGAGCCAAAAGGUUAUUCGCACAUCGCCUUUGAUUAUUUUCACUUCCUGCGACUCCAAAUGCCGAGAGUAGUCAACUUUGUUCACUCCCAAUAGCGCUAUGCUUUUAGGAGUAACUUGUCCUUGUACUUAGAAUAGGAGUAGUAAUGACCUCAAGGCCUCCUUGUUCUUUGAGUCCUUCAGAACUUACCAGCAGUACUUUAGCUGUCGAUCUGUUGCAGGCAAAGCCGAAAUCAGUUUAGGUUGGUUUGAUACUUGAAAAUGUUAAAUUCUGACACUAGGAAUUCAAGUUCUCACUUACGAGAUUUGUUUCAGUUGUUGCUUUGUUUUUGAAUAUGUAGCGGCAGUUGCAAAACCUGAGCUUAAACUUAGUGGAAAAACUGGAGACGUAUGUUUGUUUUUGUUUUUUAAAUUAUUUUGUGCAAAAAUGAGUGCCUUCACUCCAAAAUAUAGACAUUGUCUUUAAACGUUACAUUUUUCCAUGUUUCCUUUGGCAAAAUAGGAUAGGACAUCUGCCUCUGAUUUGUCACCAUGUCGUCUAGAAGAUGUUUUAACGAGCAUCUUUUGUCUCCCAAGUUGUGAUUGGAGUUUUCAGUUUAUUUGGUCUUAGGUUGAUACCUUUGUGUGAGGAAAGCCUUGCUUUGUUUCUCUAUACGAGCUUUGUUCUUUGAAAGUUGUGAGUUUGGUUGACAUUUGUUUUAAGUGCAUAGAACAUAAAAAUAAGUCUAUGCAAAAAAAAAAAAGAAAGUUGAAGGAUCAACAAAAGCAUGGCACAAACUGCUGUUUUGUUAUGAAAAUGGAGGCUUUGAUUAACAUAUGUCCUGUUGCACUUUUUUAUUUUCACCAUAAAUGAAACUGACUGUAAAGAAUGAAUCUAUUAAAGUUUUUUUUUCCCCUUG